CACUCGCUCUCUGUGUACACUGUUAAGACUGACUGAUGCCCCCGAACUCUUCCUCUCAACUAAUUCUCCUUUUCCUUUGUAAAUAAAACCCGUUUGCUACUAACAAACCUCCUCUCUUUUCUCCAAUGGCUUCUUCUUCUUCACUUUCCUCUCCUCUUCCUCUUCCUUCUCCACGCGCCUCCCCGUACUCCCUCCACCACUGCCAUCUACGCCUUCCCUCCCUCCCAUUCCCCUUCACCUUGCACUCCAAUAGACUCGCUAUGCUCUCUGUCAAAAGCGCGCCUCCUCCGCCUUCUCCUCUCAGGGUUCUUUGCUCUCGUGAUUCUCGAGCUGCAGCUGUCACUAAGGAUUCAUGGGAGAAGUUGAUUUUGAAAAGUGAUAUACCAGUCCUAGUUGAAUUUUAUGCAAGUUGGUGUGGGCCCUGCAGGAUGGUUCACCGGGUGAUUGAUGAAAUUGCUGGAGAGUAUGAUGGGAAACUAAAAUGCUUUGUUCUUAACACAGACAGUGACUUGCAAAUUGCUGAGAAUUAUGAAAUUAAAGCUGUCCCUGUGGUUUUGCUUUUCAAAAAUGGAGAGAAGCGGGAGUCGGUCGUUGGCACAAUGCCAAAGGAAUUCUAUGUUGCUGCCAUUGAGAGGGUUCUCCAAUUGUAAACAUGCAUCAAUGCUUGAAUUGAAAAUCAGGAAAGUUUAUGAGUUUGUCUCAAGUAUGUUGCCUGUACAGUGUUUACAAAUAUGUGCUUACUGGUCAUCACCAAUUAACCAAAGGCACUGGGAGUGGGGAGUUACCUCUACCUUUCUGAUAUUCUGUAAAUGUAUGCAUAUGAUCUUUAAUCACUUGCAGUACAUUUUAUUUCAUUGCAUUCUAGCUGUUUUAUACAACUUUUUCGUCAACAGAUUAGUUAGUGUUUUCUUUUGGAUGAACAUUUGCUUUCCAACGAUUGAGGAAUGAAUUGUGAUAGGGCAUUCUUCCUGAA